AUGGAUGACGGUAUGAUUUCUGAGGGAGUCAAGGAUGUGUAUGAGUACUCGCACCCCAUUAUCAACAAUGCGCUUGCGGUGAGUGCCAGCGAGCAGCAAGGGAAAGAGGUGCGUCGCUUCGCGACGCUUGCGGACUGGUACGAUGUGAUUAACGACUACGAGUUCCAGUCGCGUUGCCCUAUUAUCCUUAAGAACUCGCACCGCAACAAGCACUUCACUUUCGCGUGCCACCUGAAGAACUGUCCCUUCAAGAUCCUGCUAAGCUACUCCAGCGCUGGUAUGCACCAUGGCCAUGCGCAGGACGACAUGUACAGGUCCAAGGACGAGGACGUGGACGCGCUUAAUGACGGCGCCCACGACCACAAGCUCGAGUACCACGACGUCGACGAUCCGCAGGUCACCGCUGCAAUCGCCGCCGCCGUUGCAGCUGUCGGCAAGGACAGCAGCGACCCACACAACGCUGCUACUGCCGCUGCUACUGCUGCUGCUGCCGCUACAAACGGCGGUGAAGACCACAAAAACUUGGUCCAGGACACCCAGCCCUCUGCGCACUCCCAGGCCCAGGCCCAAGCCAGCGUCAGACCUAACUCUAACGCCCCAGAGACUAUAAGGGGUCCCUUCGUCGUCACAAAGAUCAUCCCAUACCAUGACCACCCUGUCCAGGACAACCUGUCUCUAGACAAGUUUGUGCUAACGAAGAUCCCAAGAAUCUUGCAGAACGAGCUGAACUUCGACGACGUGCUAGAGACGUUAGUCGCCGAAGGUGCCAGCGACGGUGAUGUCGCCAAGUUCAGAGUCUCCGAGUACGUCGAACACAGCGGUUUGUUGGAUAUAAUAAAAGCCCGUUACGACUUGAUGGACUCCGACAUCACCAAAAAAUUCUUGUCCCAAAUCGCUAGACGUGUCACCACUUACAAAGCCCGUUUCGUGCUAAGAAAGAAGAAAUACGGUAUCAUCAAGAGUGACAGACACCACCCAAGAGCAAACCCUGCCCCAGCCGCCUCAGGAAACAGACCACCAAGAAUCAGCAGAACCAGAAGAAAGCGUAGUCUCGAAGACGACGAAACCGAGAUCGCCCAGGAGGCACUAAAGAACUCCAUGAUGGACGAUGUCGACCACCAGAGACAUAUCGACGACGACGACGAAGAACACGCCAGGAAAUUGGCCAGAUUAGGCGAGGACACCGACUUGCACUCCGGUAUCCACGAUGAUGGCGAUCACUCAUCAACUCAGAACGCUGCCAUGCAUGAGAUCAACCCUCUUGCAUCCAUCGACGAAGUCACCGACGACAAGCUUCCUCGUGAAGUCGCCGAGCAACUGAGACUUCUAUCGUCCCAUUUCAAGGAUGUUGAGAACCAGAACUUGCAAGACGAAGAAGGUAAGAAGAACAGCGCUGAAAUCUCAGACGAGAACAUUCAACCUGAAUUAAGAGGACAAUAA